AUGGGGAGCUACUGGAGAAGCUUUCUGCCCUUGACCCUGGCUCUCUUUGUGGGUAUGGGUGAUGCUCAGCGGGAUCUCGUGGGGAGGUACGAGCCCGCGGGCAGGGAUCGGGGCCGGCUUCGGCGACCUGGGUUCAGUCAUUCUGGUGCGACUGUAGGCAAGGUGUACAGUCUGUUCCGGGAGCAAGGAGGGCUUGGUCCAGGUCAGGCUCACGGAGAUGUACCCCAGCCGGGUUGGGGGCACCUGAGGAACCCCACCGACGGCGAGAUCAGGAGGCUUCUCAGAACACAGCAGACCCGUAGAGUCCUGUCACCUGCACAGAUGUCUUCGGUUACCCUAAGACAGCAGAACCCACCUCUGGCUAGGUCUGCCUCGGCUGUGCAGCGCCCUCGGACAGGGCAGAGAGUCCGGGCUGCGCCCCCGCCCCCGCCCCCGCCCUCAUCGCGCGGGCGACUGAUGGGGAGGAACGUCUGCGGGGGACGGUGCUGCCCAGGAUGGACGACUGCCAACAGCACCAACCAGUGCAUCAAACCUGUCUGUGAGCCACCAUGCCAAAACAAGGGUUCCUGCAGUCGGCCCCAGCAAUGUGUCUGUCGUUCUGGCUUCCGGGGCAACCGUUGUGAAGAGGUCAUUCCUGACGAGGAGUACCAUCCCCAACCUUCAUGGCCAGUGCCUCGGUCACCAGUGGGUUUGCCCAGCCUCAGCAGGAGUAGUAUGCUGAGAGAGAGCCCUGCCUCAGUGGUACAGUCUCCCAUGUUGCAGAAGUUACCAGUUGGGAAUACAAACCAGAUCAGCCAUCCCAUCACUCCCCAGCAGCAGUUGAGGUCAUCACCGACCAUCCGGCGGUACCCAGCAGUGGUCACUGGCCAGCUGACCUCCAAUGCUCUAACUGGAGGGAAUGGUCAUGACCAGGGUGACUCAGCACUCCAAGCAGCACAUGAGGGCCAUGGCUCACCCCUCUGGGGGCUCAACCUGACUGAGAAAAUCAGGAAGAUCAAGAUUGUCUUCACCCCAACCAUCUGCAAACAAACCUGUGCCAAUGGACGAUGUACCAAUGACUGCUCCAAAGGGGACACCACCACCCUGUACAGUCAGGGAGGCCAUGGACAUGACCCCAAAUCUGGUUUCCGCAUCUAUUUUUGCCAGAUCCCCUGCCUGAAUGGAGGCCGCUGCAUUGGUAGGGAUGAAUGCUGGUGCCCUGCCAACUCCACUGGGAAGUUCUGCCAUUUGCCAGCUCUUCAGGUAGACAGAAAGUUGCCAGAAAGGUCCCAACACCUGGCCCCCUCUGAAGGCUCUUUGAAACAGUCUGUCUACAUGUUACCCCUCUCCAACCAACUGGCCUCUGUGAACCCCUCCCUAGUGAAGGUGCACAUCAACCACCCUCCAGAGGCCACAGUUCAGGUCCACCAAGUGGCAAGGGUUCGAGGGGAGACUGAACCCCCUGAAGAGAACAGCGUGGAGACCAGACCUGCACCCCGGCCCGCCACCCGACCUGGCCACGAGCAGUGGGACAGCAACACCAUCACCUCACAGACGAGGGAGCCUCCUCAGCCACCACUACCAUCUUUCCCCAAGCCUGAGGGGCUACUUGGCUGGUGCUAUCAGAACUCAGUGAAUGACCAGUGUGCCAACCCCUUGCAGGAGCUGACUAAGCAAGAGGAUUGCUGCGGGAGCCUCGGGGCCUUCUGGGGGGUGAAUACAUGUGCCCCAUGCCCUCCCAGGCCAGCUUUCCUAGUGAUUGAAAAUGGUCAAGUGGAAUGUCCCCAAGGGUACAAAAGACUGAAUCACACCCACUGUCAAGAUAUCAAUGAAUGCCUUCUGCUGGGACUGUGCAAAGAUGCUGAGUGUGUUAACACCCGAGGCAGUUACCUCUGCACCUGCAAGCCAGGCAACAUGUUGGACCCAUCUCGAAGCCACUGUGUGUCCGAUAAGGCCGUGUCCAUGGAGCAGGGGCUGUGCUUCCGAUCAGCCGGGGAUGGCACGUGUACUCUGCCCCUGGCCCAGCAGAUCACCAAGCAGAUUUGCUGCUGCAGCCGGGUUGGCAAAGGAUGGGGGAAGAAGUGUGAGAAGUGUCCCCUGCCUGGCUCAGAGAGCUUCCGGGAGAUCUGUCCUGCUGGCCAUGGUUACACUUAUUCCAGCUCAGAUAUUCGCCUGUCCAUGAGGAAAGCAGAGGAGGAAGAGCUGGCCAGAACCUUGGAAAGGCAUGGGGAGAGAAACAAGACUCUAGCCUGGCCAGCUAGGAGGCAACCCCUUCGGGAAGUGACAGCCAGCCAGUUGGAAGCUGUGGCCACAUCUGCCAAAGGUGACUCAGAGAGUGGCCAGAUCCCUGCAACUGCUGACUCUGUGCUGGUCUGGUCCCCAGCACCCUCCGUAGCAACGUCAUCUCCACCACUUCUUGGGCAGGUGACCCCAGAGCCUCAGGAAGAGGAAGAAGACAUAUCUGUCCUCAAUGUGGCCUCAACACUGAGCAAAGAAAAUGACAGAUGUGCUGCUCUGGCUGACAAUAUCUGUGGCCCGGGAACUUGUGUGAACCUGCCAGAGAGAUACAGCUGUGUCUGCAGCCCUGGUUACCAACUGCAUCCCAGCCAGACCCACUGUAUAGAUGAGAAUGAGUGUCUCAGUGACCCCUGCAAAGGAAAAGGACGGUGUAUCAACAGGGUGGGCUCCUACUCCUGCUUUUGUUAUCCUGGCUAUGUGCUGAUCACUUCUGGAGCCACUCAGGAGUGCCGAGAUGUAGAUGAGUGUGAGCAACCAGGGGUGUGCAUCGGGGGACAAUGCACCAACACUGAUGGCUCUUACCACUGCGAGUGUGGCCAGGGAUACAUCAUGGUCCGGAAGGGACACUGUGAAGAUAUUGAUGAAUGCCGCCAUCCCAGCACCUGUCCUGAAGGGAGCUGUGUCAACUCCCCUGGCUCCUACAUGUGUCUGGCCUGUGCAGAAGGCUACAGAAGCCACAGUGGACAAUGUGUUGAUGAGGAUGAGUGCCUGGCACCAGGGAUCUGUUUGCAUGGAAGGUGCAUAAAUCUGGAAGGCUCUUUCAGAUGCUCCUGUGAACUGGGCUUCCAAGCCAUGGAGGAUGGGAAAGGUUGUAAUGAUAUAGAUGAAUGUGCCUCUCCUGGUGUCUGCCUCUCUGGGAUUUGCUCUAACACCAUUGGUUCCUUCUCUUGUAAUGCCUGUGACAGGGGAUACCAGCCAGAUGCCCUUGGGCAUACAUGUGAAGAUGUGAAUGAAUGUGAAGACCACGAGGCCAACUGUGUAGGAGGAAAAUGCAGGAAUACCCCGGGCUCCUACCAGUGCCAUUGUCCACUGGGCUUCCAGCUAAUCAAUGGCACCAUGUGUGAUGAUCUAGAUGAAUGUGCUGGGGAGGAAGAAUGUGCACCCCAUGGCGAGUGUCUCAACACCCACGGGUCCUUCUUCUGCCUCUGUGCUCCUGGCUUCUCUAGUGAGCCUGGGGGCACCAGCUGCAUGGAUGUGGAUGAGUGUGAAGUCAUAGCCAGUUGCCUGGGAGGGCAAUGUCUCAACACAGAGGGUUCCUUUGUCUGUGUGUGUGAAAGUGGAUUCCAGACAUCUCCAGAGAAUGGGGAGUGCGUGGAUGUGGAUGAAUGUAAGGAUUAUGGGGACACGGUGUGUGGAACCUGGAGGUGUGAGAAUAGUCCCGGAUCGUACCGCUGCAUCCUGGGCUGUCAGCCUGGCUUCCACAUGACCCCAACAGGAGACUGCAUUGACAUAGAUGAGUGCACCAAUGAGACCUUGUGUGGGACCCAUGGCUUCUGUGAUAAUACCGAUGGCUCCUUUCGCUGCCUGUGUGACCGUGGCUAUGAGGCUUCACCCUCUGGCCGGGACUGUGUUGAUGUGAAUGAGUGCGAGCUGAUGGUGGCAGUGUGUGGAGCUGCACUCUGUGAGAAUGUGGAAGGCUCCUUCUUGUGUCUCUGUGCCAACGACCAGGAGGAAUAUGAUGCACAGGAUGGCCGUUGCCGCCAACGGACAAUCGGAGGCCAAGAAAGCAUUGAGGGGCCAACUGGGGAACACUUUGCUGGACCAGAGCGCAAACUGUGCUACUCAGGACCAAGCAACCCGUCAGCCUGCACCAGCAUUCUGGGCCGGAACACUACACGAGAGGAGUGUUGCUGCACCCAGGGGACCAACUGGGGAGACAGCUGUGACCCCUGUCCUUUCCCUGGCACAGUGGAAUUCAGCGAGAUCUGCCCCAGCGGUAAGGGAUAUAUCCCUGUGGAAGGCUCCUGGAUGUUUGGACAAACCACAUAUACUGAUGCAGAUGAGUGCACCAUGUUCGGCUCAGAGGUUUGUCACAAUGGCCAGUGCCUCAACACGGUGCCUGGAUACAUUUGCCUUUGCAACCCUGGCUAUCGCUAUGAUGCAUCCCUCAUGGCGUGUGAAGAUCAUAAUGAAUGCCAGGACACAGCCUGUGAGAAUGGAGAGUGUGUGAAUACAGAUGGGUCUUUCCACUGCUUCUGCAGUCCCCCACUGGUCCUGGACCAUAGCCAGAGGCACUGUGUGAACAGCACAAGUAGCAUGGACCUCCCAGACCAUGACAUCCACACGGACAUCUGCUGGAAAAAAGUCACUAAUUAUGUCUGCAGCCAGCCCUUUCGAGGUCGCCGUACCACCUACACUGAGUGCUGCUGCCAGGAUGGAGAGGCCUGGAGUCAGCAGUGUGCCCUGUGCCCCCCCAGGAAUUCUGAGGUCUUUGCUCAGCUGUGCAACGUGGCCAGGAUAGAAGCUGAGCGAGAAGCCGGCCUUCACCCCCGGCCAGGCUAUGAGUAUGGCCCAGGCCCCGAUGACCUGCACUAUGGUCUCUAUGGCUCUGAGGGGGCCCCUUUUUAUAACUACCUGACUCCCGAGGAGGGUGCCUCUGAGCCCCCAUUCCUGCAUUCUGCCAGCCGCCCAGUGUCCAAUCUCCCUGCUCCUGAGCCACCGCUACAGCCUUCAGAAGUCCAACCCCACUUUGUGGGCAGCCAGCCAGGAAACUAUGAAAGCUUCGAAGGUCUCCGAGCAGAGGAGUGUGGCAUCCUCAAUGGCUGUGAGAAUGGCCACUGUGUCCGAGUAGAUGAGGGCUAUACCUGUGAUUGCUUUGAAGGCUUCCAGCUGAAUACUGCCCAGAUGGCCUGUGUAGAUGUAAAUGAAUGUGAGGACAUGCAUGGGCCCACAUCUCUCUGUGCACAUGGUCAGUGUGAGAACACCGAGGGUUCCUACUACUGCCGGUGCUCUCUGGGUUAUGUGGCCAUGGUGAGUCCUCCCCGCUGUAUCCCCAAGGAGUAGUGAAGAACAGCACUGGCAGCCACCUGGAAAUGGCCCACAGCCACCCGCAAGGGCCCUGAGGAGUCUGUCCCAACAAGGAAGAUACCAUGAUGGCAGCAGUAUGGCGGCUGGAGGCUCCGCCCCCAACAGGCCUAUUCAUCUCUCAACAUCUCUCAUGCCUGAGGUCCGGAGAGGGCCUGCCUCAGCCAUGAGCAUUCCAGCUUGGCUCAAACACCACCAAAUGCUUUGAUGCUUCAUGGGGCCCAUUUCGUUGCCUUUUCCUGACCUUGCCCUGUGAUACUUGCUGAGGGAAGAGCCUGUUGUCUUCUCUCCAGACUGCAUAUCCACAGGGUCCUUUAGCCUCACACUCUAGGCAUCACAUUCCAGCUACGACUCUAUGUGCAAGUGAACCUACAGCUGCAGAAGAGGCAAAUAGCUGCCUCACCCUUCCGCCGGUCCUUCAGACCCCACUGUGCUGGACUUGACAGGGAUUCGAGUUUUGCUGAUGACUCCAAAGCCCCUCUCCAGAGGACUUCUGUGUCUACUAGACUGGGCUGGGCCCUUCUUUUGAUGUAUCUCCAUUCUAUAGCCAUUUCUGUAACCCCAGGUGGGCAGCAGAGACCCUCACCACAGAGAAGCAAGACUGGUGCUGGCCUUCUUGUGCACAGGA